CCCUUGCCCCGUUGGGAAGGAAGUGCGAGACGCUGUUUUUGAGCAAAUCUCAGAUCAACAACCCAACCGCCGGGCGCGGCGAGCACCGCCCUGGGCACCGGGGAGGGCACCCGGCCACCGCCAUGGCUCCCGAGGAGUUUACCGCUUCGGCCGACUACGAUUACCCACCGGUGACCAACGUGACGGGGAAUCAAGAGGUCUUCUCCACCUGGGAGGUCUUCUUCACCACCGUCUUCAUCCCCGUCCUCUACUCCUUCAUCUUCCUCCUCGGCCUCGUGGGGAACCUCUUUGUCAUCGUGCUGAUGGCCAAGAAGAGCGGGGGGAAGAGGAUGGUGGACACCUUCAUCCUGAACCUGGCGGUGGCCGACGUCAUCUUCGUCUGCACGUUGCCCUUCUGGGUGGCGGCAGGGGCGCGGGGGAACCGCUGGCUGGGGGGAACCGCUGGCUGCGGGGCGAAGGGCUCUGCAAGCGUGGAGCGCUACCUGGUCAUCAGGAAGGUGCUGGACACCAAGAUGCUGGGUUCCCAAAGGCACGUCCGUGUCACCUGCGGGGUCAUCUGGAUCGUCUCCCUCCUCCUGGGUGCCCCAUCCCUGCUGUACCGGCGGCUGGAUGGGGACGACUGCUGGGAUGAAGACGGAGAGGACUUCAGCCUGGCCAUGGUCUUCCUCACCUUCCUCCUGCCCUUGGGGGUCAUCUCCUUCUGCUACUGCUCCAUCUACUGCCGGCUCCAGCGUCACGUCCGGCUGGGCAGAGGUGUCCGGCGUUCCCACCGCGCCAUCGUCACCAUCGUCGCAGCCUUCCUCUGCUCCUGGUUACCCCUCAACGCUUGCAAGGUCUUCCUCUUCUUCCUCGCCAAGGGGACGCUGGUCCUGUCCCAGGGGCAGGAGGUGGCCCUAAG